AUGUCAGAGGGGAGAGUCUUCUCCGAUGUCUCAGGCACCAAUACGUACCUCUACCUUGCCUUGAACGGUUUCGCCAAUAACGGCCUGUCCUCCGUACCCCCUAAAUGUACUACCCUGUGUACCUCCAAAGGCUGUCAAGUGUCGCCCUCAGGGGGUACUGCAGCGGGAUGGUACCCACACUGUACUUCCUCUUGUGUCUGGCUGUACCUGAGAACACCCCUUCGGGCCCCUCCUUACCCCUCCACUGAUCUGCAAGAUCAUGACAUCACUGAUUCUUCACUGGUCCAUAACAAACAUCCACAAGCCAAGCAAGACAAUUCCGCAAGCUGCCGUUUUCCCUUUGGACUAUUUUAUCAUGAACAUACGUAUCCCAUCACCCACCCGGAGGCUCUCCGUCUCAUCGAACAGACGUCAUCUUCUUCCCCUUUUGUCUUCUUCUUCUCUUCCGAGGCUGGUCUCAGGCUUGCUUGUCACCGCGAUAUGGCCCCUGUCAGAGCCUCACCCACUUCGUCUUCUAAUACCUACGGCCUCCCCUUGGCCUAG